AUGACUUCAGUUCACUCCCGGCCUUCACCAAGCUCAUCAUCCCCCUACGACUUCGACUCCGUCCCUGACGACGAAUCAUGGCAGUAUAUCGACUACACAGCAACGAACUCUGGUCCCUCAUCUAUUGGCUUCCUUUCUGACCCUGCUAGUGGAAGCUUGGGUAGUUUUUCCAUGGUUGGGAACGUUCAUGGGACACCACCACCUUUCAUUCCCGGCAACACUCCUCCUUCGUACACAUCUGUUAGCAAUUCUUCGCCUUUCAUGCCUGGCAACACACCCUCCCCAUCAGCUGCCUCUCCCUUGCUUUUGGGAGAGAUGGAUCAGAAUGCUUUCUUCGCUGCCAAUGCCUCAUUCCAGGCGCCGUCAGACAUGGCCAACUCGGACAUGUUUGCUACUACGACAGAUGGUGGCUAUGGCCAACCACAGAACUUCCUGACACCCCAGCAGUACCUUUUCUCACAGCAGGAUACGAAUCAGUUCCAAGAUCAGGGCUUGAAUGGUAUGAUGCCAAAGCGGAAGACGGUCUCCCCUGGAGUGCAGGGUGCUGAUGCUGCUGUAGACAUGACUCUCAUGCAAAACUUCGGAAACGAUAUGUUCUCGAUGAACAUGAACGAACAAGUUCAGCAGCCUCAACUUGAUUUUAACAUCAUACAGUCAGACCCUAAUGUCCCGCCGUGGAGUCAAACGAAUACGCGAGGCAACGAAGCUAUCUUCAUCAUGGAUGACUUCAACAACUCUCCAUCACCCAUGAGCAACUAUUCGCAGACCUCGUUCCCCAGCUCGAAAGCAAGCCCUAGUGGGAACAAGUCCCCUAUCACGAUGCCAAUCCGCAAGGUCAAGGUUGGGAAAGUCGAGAAAAAGAAGAAGAUCGAGCAGUCUGGCAAAUUUGUCAUUGUGACCCCUGACUCUAUCUCAGCUCACGCUAGCCGUCCUAAUCCUUUUGAAUGUUUCGAGGCUUUGAACCGAACGAGUCAGCGAGGGCGCAAGGGCCCCUUGGCGGAUGCUACGAAGGAGAAUGCUUUGCAGGUCCGCAGACAAGGUGCCUGCUUCUGUUGUCAUAGCCGCAAGGUGAAAUGCGACCUCGAGCGUCCGUGCAAGAGUUGCAAGAAACUCAUGGUUCAAGUUCCCCAAGUUGUCUGUUGGCGGUUCAGCGACUUCUUGACUAUUUUGUUCCCUGAGUAUAUCCGUGGCCACCUUGUCAAGGAACAGAUGAUCACGUUCGUCAAAGAAAAUAUCGCUGGAUUCCAUGUUCAGGGGGUUGAGCAGGUCUGCUCCAUUGAGCUAUUCUCCGGUCCACUAUUCAAUACAGUUCUGGCCAUUCAAGCCAAAUUCUUCACGCCAAAGACGGAAGAGGUCAAGAACCAUUGGCAGCUUCAAAACGUGGGAGGGAAUCGAGUUGAGCUGAGACCCAACAGAGCAGCUAACAUCGGCGUCGAACUCGAGAAGAGUGCUGAAAGGGACGGGCUCAAGAAACGGACCAAGAGAUACAUCCAGGAGCUUCUUACCGAGCCGUACUUUGUCGAUCAAGUCACGGAUAGUUUCCAGAGUACAAACCUGCCGAGGAAGAUACUACGAAUCGUCAAGCAGUAUGCUGACGCAACUGAGUGCCUCAUGGUCAAGCGGGCCUUGUCCAUUUACUGCAUGCACUACAUCAUGACCAGACAGCUUUGCCUCACCCAGCAGACCGCCGAUACACUUCGAUCAACCGGUAUGAUAGACCAGGGCGACAACCAUGUAACCCCUCGAGUACUCGCACGACAGAUCAAGUCUAUCGUAGACGAGCUGAUGCAGCGUGAGAUGCAGCAGCUCUUCGAUCUCUUCUCCAAGUCGCUCAAACCCAAGUCUCGACGCGAGUGGGCACCCUGCACUGCUGCCUUUCUCGUUCUUUGCCUCUUCAUGGAGGCUGUAGAGACGGCAGCUGACAUCUUUGUGAUCUCCCAGAACGAAAUCAACAUGAGAGGCAGCAAGAGACCCGAGUACGAAAGAAGCCUCGCGCUGAACACUUGCGCCGAAGUCGAGAACAUGCCUUUCAAGCAGUUCGCCUACUCGUUCCACCAAGUUUACCAGACACACAGCAAGGAGGCCAAUGCCAAAGGCUUCAAUCCCUUGCUUGACAACAGUUUUGCUGAACAGGGGGAGCUGGAUGGACCGGCCAUCCAACUCUCGGCCCAACUCCGAGAACUUCUAUUCGGCGACAGCUGGCAAGAGUUGCAGUUUCUGGCUGCGAAUGAGCUUCUCACAAACAACGCCAGCCAUCCAUUUCCCAUGAACCCUGAGACUCUGUACACUGGGCGCCUCGUGGCCAAGUUUCUCAUGUCAUUUCAGGAUGACAGAGCCAUUUUUGGAGAUGCUGUCUGA